AUGUGCAUCCGUCGAAUCGUAUCUUUUUACUAUACCUUCCUUUGCUGCCUGCGAGGAUGCGAAGACUCCGAUGAGGAAUGCGAUGAUCUAACUUCCUUCGAGGGUGAGAUGCCCAUUGGGGCAAGGAUAGAAUCUAUGACCGUUGUCAGAUAUGUCAACAAGGACAACUCCAUCGCCAUAACCCACACUGUUGUGGAGACUACUCACAUUGACCCACAAGCGGAUUGUGGCUCUGGCCAAGAUAUGGGGACCAAGAGUUCCAUCCCUGAUGAUGCGUCGGACGCAAGUACUCUCGUCGAAAAUCCCGAGACAGCGAUUGUACCAUCUGCAUCUUCCUUCCAAUCAGAUGAGAAAAUCAUCAUAGAGAAGGAUACCGAGAUCGUCUUACCUUGUCCAACAUUUGUCGAUAAUUACACUGGUUGUCGUAUGGUGGAACUGCGCUAUGUUACUUCUAUGUACCUUGAUCCUAUCGUUAUACCUCUUGACGAUUGUGAGUUCAAUAAGUGUGAAUCCAGCGAAUCAGACUCGGUUGAUGAUGAGGUUGAGGCGCUGUUUCGCUACAAAGACCUCAAGUUUUGCGCGUGCGUUCCGUUUGGUUAUGUAAAAGCCCGCGCUGAAAUGGAUCCUGCUGUAGUCGACUGA